UGGUCAUAUCAGAGUUUGCCUCCCGAGAUAAAGAUGGUUCAGGAAACAUCGUUGCUCCUGUUAACCAGACUUGAUUAGAUUUUACAUUUCCCCUUUUAGGAUAAUAUAAUCUUUGUUGAGGAACUCAGGGAGAGAAGACGUGCGCGAGUUUGCUGCCCAAGUUUGGAGAGCAGACGCCGACAGGAGAGCGCCCCGUGCGCGCUUUUAACCACAGCAGCAACAACAACAAAAACACCGAGGAGAUUAUUAAGAGGAUUUAAAAAUGAACGACACGGACGUUUUUUGCAAAAACAACCAGACUGAGAACUUGACUCACCCGUCAUGUCUGAGUUCAACUUCCUCAUACAACCACAUCGACAUCACCACCUUCAUGCACAUAUUCCCUUCAAUUUAUGGCAUCCUGUGUUUGGUGGGAGUUUUAGCCAAUGGACUGGUCAUCUACGCGGUGAAAGCAUGCAAGAAGAAAAUGGUUUCAGACAUCUACGUGCUGAACUUGGCAAUAGCCGACAUGCUGUUCCUGCUUGUGAUGCCCUUCAACAUCCACCAGCUGGUCAGAGACAGACAGUGGGUCUUCGGAAACUUUAUGUGCAAGGCGGUGGUGGUGGUGGACGUCAGCAACCAGUUUACCACGGUGGGAAUUGUUACCGUGUUGUGCAUUGACCGAUACAUAGCUAUCGUCCACCCCACCUCAGAGAGGAGGACCAUCCAGUGGACCAUCAUCAUCAAUCUGCUGGUGUGGCUGGGCAGCUUCCUCCUCACUGUCCCUGUUAUGUUGUACGCCAAGGUUGUGCGCAGGCAGCAUUUGGAGGUGUGCAUGAUGUACCUGGAUGGACCUGAGGACAUGUACUGGUACACUCUCUACCAGUCCAUCCUGGGCUUCAUCAUCCCUCUCAUCAUCAUCAGCACCUUCUACUCACUCACCCUCUACCACGUCUUCAGCUCCAUCCGCCGCGUCAAACGUAAGCAGUCUGUUUGGGCCAAAAGAGCCACCAAGAUGGUCCUAAUGGUUAUCGCCCUGUUCCUGAUCUGCUGGUCACCUUAUCACGUCAUUCAGGUGAUCAACCUGACCAACAACACCCCGACUAUUGCUUUUGUCUACGCCUACAACAUCAGUAUCUGCCUCAGCUACUCCCACAGCUGCAUAAACCCGCUCAUGUUGCUCAUCUUUGCCCAGAAUUACCGUGAGCGUCUUUGCUCUAGGAACGUGCUGCACAGCUCCCAGCACUCGUCCAAGGUCACGGUGGUCAAAGCAGAUGCUUCCAGUACGACCAAUGAUCCCAACAACCGCUGUACUGCCAUCUAAUCAGAGAGAUGUCUUUUUGUAUAUACACAU